GCUCCCACGCGCGCCGAUCUUAGGCUCACGGUCCGAGGGCGGGAAGCGGCGAGUUACGCGAGGAGCCCCAGAUUGGAACGCGCCGUCUGCGCCAGAGACUGGGAGGGGGGCGGUGGGCUGGGCGUCCGCGUGGGGAGCGCGCGCGAGCGCAGGGCGGCUCUCCGCAGGAGUCCGUGUUCUUUACCGCGGUAGGAAAGUGCGUGUCCGCCCCGCAGCGCAGCCACAGUGUUCACACGCGGGGCACUAAGGAUGUCCACGGGAGGGAACGCGCGGGACGGCGCAGUCAGCCUGUCGGAUGCUGUGGGGUCCUUCAAGAGCAGGAAGAGGAAGUCCAUCGUGGUGACCGUUUCGCUGCUCGUCGUCUCCCUGCUGGUCCUCACCAUCGGGGUGGCGGCCACAACCCGGACGCACAACGUCACCGUUGGGGGAUACUACCCAGGAGCCAUCCUCGGAUUCGGCUCCUUCCUGGGCAUCAUUGGAGCUCAUUUGAUUGAAAACAAGAGGCAGAUGCUGGUGGCCUCCAUCGUGUUCAUCAGCUUUGGAGUGGUGGCGGCCCUCUGCUGCGCCAUCGUGGACGGAGUGUUUGCAGCCAGGCACAUAGACCUCGGACCUCUGUACGCCGGACGGUGCGAGUACUACUCCAGCGUGACAUCGUAUGACCGUGAUGUUCACUGUCAGACAGCGUCCCGGGUGUCCUGCAACCUGCGAGUGAAGAGCAAUACCUGUUACUGCUGCGAACUCUACACCUGCGGCAGCCGCGUGGAGCUCACAGGGGGGUACCACGAGUACACGGAGGUGCGGAGCUGCCAGGACGUGGUGCAGCUCUACCAUCUGCUGUGGUUCGCCACGGUCCUCAACAUCGUGGCCCUGCUCCUGGGCAUCAUCACUGCGGCCGUCCUGGGAGGCUUCAAGGACAUGACUCCCACUGGCACCCCGGACAGUUGUGAACCAGGCCCUAUCGCCGCCCCGCCAUCAGCCCCUGCGCUCGCCCCUGCUGCGGCCCCUUCCGCAGCCCCCUCGGAGGUGCCUCACUUACCCCCCGCCCCCCACAGCUCUUACUACAACAGCGCUCCAUGCCUGCCCCCCUACACUGCGUAUGACCUGCAGGGCUCCGGUAUGUUUCCGGAUUCCUCGGGUCUGUCUGAUGACUCCCAGUCGGGUGCCAGUUACCUGUGGCCGACCCAGAUUCCUCCUCGCUACUCACCACCUUACUACCCCCCCGACGAGAAACCCCCGCCGUACAGCCCCUGAACGACCGAGCGGCUGCCCGCAGGAGAGGGGUCCUCUCCCCUUGUACAGCUUCCAGCUAUCCAGUGUGAUCGGAGAGGGCUCAAGAUGGGACUGUGUGAGGAGGGGGGGGUGUAAAACCUGUAAUCCACCCCCACCCCCCCAACACAUUCACCUUGUGUGUUAAGGACACUUUUAUUGCAAAACUAAACGUGGUAAAAAGUGCUUUGUAAUGGACAUUUGCAUUGACUAAAUUUGUGUGUAACGUGAUGUGGGACGUUGGGAAAGAUAUAUACGGUAUAUACACACACACACACACACACACUCUGGCCGCUAUGGUUACCCUCUCAGUGACAAGCAGGACUUCCUCCAACUCUCCUUCCUACAACCUCCAACUUCCAGGACACAAUCCUCGCUGGGACCUUGGACCAGCGAAGACUCCGGAGAUGUGCCCUUACACUCGAUACCCUCCGUGUCUCCGAAUGCACUUUUUAGCACCUAAUCGACAAGCGAAACAUUAGGGGAGGUGACUUGCCGUAGGCUGACGUAGACCGAAGCCCUGCUCGCACUGUGGCAUUUGGCGAGUGGGGUUGGCCUUCUGCCUCGAGUAGGUGCCACGCCGCUUCCUGUCUGUCGUCGCAUACAAGCGCUUCCUGUCUAUGUGCUACUUCAUCAGGAAGGACUGGUGUUAGGAUGUCAGAACUCCUUGCGCUGAGCUGAUGUUUAACCUCUAACCGGGUCAUUGUGAUUUCAGUAGGUUGUAGGAGAACGGAACGAAGGUUCAGACUCUACUAAUGAAACCAGCAUUUUAUCCAGAUAUAGAUGUAAGUGUUGAGACUGAGGUGUGAUGAGUGUCCGUGCGAAGAAAUGUUGCAAAUCACUUGAACGCCCUUUUAGUAUACGCAACUGAGUACGAAAACCAAUUUAUUACCGUCUAUGUGUAAAUAACACCAAAAGUGAUGUACUUGGGAAGUGGGGCAGCUGCUGGUGUAGUGCUUGGAACUGCUGCCUUUGGACCUGAAGGUCACAGGCUCGAGUCCCACCUCCAGCUGUAGUACCCUUGAGCAAGGUACUUACCCUGA